UCAGACGGGAGUAGCGGUACAGUAGGAGAGAUCACACAUUUCCCGGAUAAAAUACGUUAAUUCACCUGGAAAAUUUCUUUUAAGUAACGGUUAAACAGCCAUUCUAAAUUGAGAUACCUUAAUGAGGGAUAUAAGAUUUUUCUCUCUUUCGAACAUCAAUGCAUAGAAAACUCCACACACAAAAGCCUUUCACAUCAAACAGCCUGUACAUGCUGCCUACAAAAUAUAACCUAUUUGGCAAUAAAUAAUCCUUCCGUUGAGGGCGUUUAACUGCUCGUCAGCCGUUUUUGCACAACGUUCCUUUCUAUUUAACAGCUAACAUGGACGAGGACAAUCAAGUCUAUGAGGAGCUGUCUCCGGAGGAGAGGGACGAGCUCUCCAACAUUCGGCGGAGGAAGAAAGAGCUGCUGGAUGAUAUUGAGAGGUUGAAGUUCGAGAUCGCUGAAGUCAUGACCGAGAUCGAGCAGCUCACCUGCAUGGGAGAGAGCAAGUCUUCACAAAGGAACAAACAGAUUGCUGUGGGGAGGAAGAAGUUUAACAUGGAUCCUAAAAAGGGCAUCCAGUUUCUCCUGGAGAAUGACCUCCUCCAGCAUACCCCUGAAGACAUCGCCCAGUUCCUCUACAAAGGGGAGGGGCUCAACAAAACAGUCAUCGGCGACUACCUGGGGGAACGGGACGAGUUCAACAUCAAAGUGCUGCAGGCCUUCGUGGAGCUGCACGAGUUCGCUGACCUCAACCUGGUGCAAGCCUUAAGGCAGUUUCUGUGGAGCUUCAGACUCCCGGGUGAGGCGCAGAAGAUUGACAGGAUGAUGGAGGCCUUCGCCUCCCGGUACUGCGGGUGCAACCCGGGAGUGUUCCAGUCCACAGACACGUGUUACGUGCUCUCCUUCGCCAUCAUCAUGCUGAACACCAGCCUGCACAACCCCAACGUGCGAGACAAGCCGGCGGUGGAGCGCUUCAUCUCCAUGAACCGGGGCAUCAAUGAGGGCGGCGACCUGCCCGAAGAGCUGCUGAGGAAUUUGUAUGAAAGCAUCAAAAACGAGCCGUUCAAAAUCCCGGAGGACGACGGAAACGACCUGACGCACACCUUCUUCAACCCCGACAGAGAGGGCUGGCUGCUGAAACUGGGGGGAAGAGUGAAGACCUGGAAACGCCGGUGGUUCAUCCUCACAGACAACUGCCUGUACUACUUUGAGUACACCACAGAUAAGGAGCCUAGGGGGAUCAUCCCUCUGGAGAACCUGAGCAUCAGAGAGGUGGAGGAGCCCAGGAAACCUAACUGCUUCGAGCUGUAUAACCCAGGGCAUAAGGGUCAGGUGAUCAAGGCCUGUAAGACAGAGGCCGACGGGCGAGUGGUGGAGGGGAAUCACGUGGUCUACAGAAUCUCCGCCCCCACGCCAGAGGAGAAAGAGGAGUGGAUCAAGUCAAUCAAAGCCAGCAUCAGCAGGGAUCCAUUCUACGACAUGCUAGCCACCAGGAAACGAAGGAUCGCCAACAAGAAAUGAGGCUCACCGCCCCCAGGCGUAGUGCAGACUGUCACUCUGGCAGCACUCGCGGGACCGCUUUUAUUUUGAAGGAUUCUUCCCCGCAGACACUCCACAGCGCAGCUGCUGAUUGGCCCGUGGGACCUCAUUGGAAGCCAAAGGCUUGAGAUGAUGGGAAAUAUUGCGCAACAUGGCACAUCCUUUUCCAAUAAAUGAGUUGGUAUGUGUGCAUGAGCAUUAAUGUCCAACCCCUGUACAUUAUGACCUUGCUGUGUUCAGACUGCCUGACUGACACAGAUACUGCUUUAAUGCAGGGUCCAGUCCAGUUACAGAUACUGCUUCAAUGCAGGGUCCAGUCCUGUCAUUCCUAGUUGCCUGGGUCCAGAUGGCACUUCUGAGAUGCCCUUUGAGGUUGUCCCAGAAAAGCUUCUUGUGGCGUCCCAGGGCACAGAUGCACAUACACGCCAAGUAGUAUAGGAUUUGAUAUACGAAACCAGGUAUUUUUUUAAAUGGUGGCAAAAACUGUUGGAAGUGUUCAAAGGUAAAAAGCACCCAUAAACAGUCAACCUGAAACAGACUGGAAGCAGCCGGAACUGUGACUCUUUUCGUUCUCCUGCAUCAUGUGACUCCAGCAAGCCAAUCAUGCAGAGAGAAUCCACCAAAUAUUUUAUUGUUAAGUUCUCCAAAACUGUGCUAUAAAUGCUAAAAUAUGACAUUCAAAAUACUGAGAAAAAUAUUUUAAAUAUAUGUCAAAAUAUUCUAUAUGCUACGCAGUAUAAAUUAUUAUCAUUUUCAUAUAUGUAAGUCUAUGCAUAGAGUGGAUUGUAUAUUAUAUAAUACAAACAUUGGCAUAAUGAUUUAUAAGUAUAUUUGUAAAUAUUUUCUGUAUUUUGACAUAUAUUAAAUGCAUUCCUUACAUUUUGCAAUUCAUAUUUUACUAUAUUAUAGCUAUGUAUAGGUAAAUGUGCUACAUAUUACUAGCACAAAUGCCUUUUCAUUUUCUUGGGGGAUUUCUUAAGCUAUAUUAUAGAAUCUAACGUUGGUCCACAGCAUUUUUAAAAUAUCGUAACUUCUAAAUCAGCUGGACUGAUUGCAUGUCACCUGUGGUUUAAUUGAAAUGUCAUACUUUUUAAACAGCUCCUCACUCAGUGAAGUUUGGGGUUGCAGUGAGUUUAAGCUUUUCUUUGUAGGACUUCAGUGCAGGAGACGGGUAUUUAUGUCAUGUGAUCCCUAUGUGUAUGAUUGUUUGUGUUUUGGUUUCUGUAAUAUGUAUGCACAGAUACUUUGAACUCACCAGAUUCUCAGAUCCUGCAUUCUUUCUGUUCUCUUUGUUUCUUAGCAACAGGAGACUCUUGUUUGUGACUGGAGUUUCCAAAGCGAUAUUCCAGAAAAAAUAUUAUAUUCCAAAAUGUUCCAUUCUCGCAGCACUGUAUUUGGAAUAUUUUGGCUUCAUCAGCAGGUAAUACAGGGCUUUCAAUGCUAAGAAUACAGAGAUUAAUAUCCAGUGUGUCUACAGAAUCUGGGAUGUAAAGAACUUGGUCUGCCUGUUUGCUUUGAAUUCCAACUACAGUCCCAACAGCCAGUUGCAUUUGUAUUUAUUUACUUUGUGCUGUUGCGAGAAAAAGAAGAAGAAAUUCUGAUUGUUACUGUUAAAUUUAGUUAUGUGUAAAUAAUGUAGAAAGAUUGCAUUUUUGUUGAUGUUUGUACAUUUUACAGCAUGGAAACCCAUACAGCUAUGUCACACAUCAAUAAAAGUGAUAGGUUACAUGUCUCUGCACAAAAAUACUUCAUUUUGUGCACAGUGUAAGACAGUUGUAUUCAUUCUUGCUCAUUGAGAGUCACAGGGUGUGCAGGAUUUCUGUUUUUACAUUAAACACAGCAACCAUUUCAGACCCAAUAAACUAUGUGAGGUGAUUUAAAUGAGUAAUCAACUGAGAUUAAGUGUUGAAUACCAAUUCCCAUUCUCUACAAGCAAAGGUGAAUACCACUGGUGUCGGAGAAUCUUAAAAUGAUGUUAACAUGUGAAGACGCAGAGUAUUGAUGAGGACAAAGCCAGUUAAGUUGAACAUGCGAUUGCAAAAUAAAAGCCCUGGCCCAGGGCAGACUCUUAUCUUGAAAUGCCUUUUGAGGCAGUAAUUAAACUUUUUUUUUAAUACUUGUGUAAUGGUUGUAUCUGUGAAAUACAAAAUUAUGAAUUAACAAAAUAUGAUAAAUAUUUAGACCUGUAUGUGUAUAAAUUUACAUGAUGAAAAAUUAAAUCAGUUAUUUGUU